AUGUCAUUUGACAAAUAUAUUUUAAGUUCUGAUGCUGCUUCACAGAACCAAACGGUGUUUGUGUUACAGCAUAUAUUGGUUGUCUCUGAGAAGUUACAUGUUGAAAUAUGGUUUGAUGGCAACUUUGCCGAGAACAAAGAUGUAACAGAAGCAAUUGAGAAGGUUGCUGCUGCUUAUGACUGCAAAAUUGUUGAAGGUGUUCUUAGCCACCAGUUGAAGCAGUUUGUGAUAGAUGGGAAUAAGGUUGUAUUAAGUGUAUCCAAUCCAGAUACAAGAGUUGAUGAUGCGGAUUUCGAAGAGAAUGAAGUCGAUGCAAUUGAUAUCGUCACAAGCACGGGUGAUGGAAAGCCUAAGUUGUUGGAUGAAAAGCAAACAACUAUCUAUAAGAGAGCCGUGGACAAGAAUAAUCACCUGAAGAUGAAAGCUUCGAGGUUUAUUUUCAGUGAAAUAGACCAGAAGUUCCCCAUCAUGCCAUUCACUGCUAGGUCGGUAGAUAAUGUAUCAAGAUUAUCUAAUAUAAAUCCGCCAUCAGAUCAUCUUGGACUUUUUGUCCCAAAAAGAGAAGAUUCUCCACCACCGCCACCAUCGGCUUCAGUUUGUUAG